AGAAGGAAAUGUAGGCGCGCGCGCGGAGAGUGAACCGGUUGAACCCUCGCGCGCACACACCAGAACGGGAACUAAUAAUAAGUCGAAUAAUAAUAAUAAUAAUAAUAAUAAUAAUAAUAACAACAAUAACAGAACCAUGAAGGUGUCGAGUAUAGACAGCCGCCAUUUCAGGAAAAUCCUGCGCAAGGAGAGCGGCAAGUGUUUGAUCCUGGACUGCAGACCGUACCUGUCGUUCUCCAGCUCGAGCGUGCGCGGCUCGGUGAACGUCAACCUGAACUCGGUGGUGGUGCGCAGGUCGCGCGGGGCCCCGGUGCCGCUGCGCUUCGUCGUGCCGGACGAGCAGGCGCUCUACCGGCUGCGCGAGGGCGGCGUGUCCGUGGUGGUGGCGCUGGACGAGGGCACGCCGCACCUCCACAAGCUGAAGAAGGACAGCGUGGCGCGUCUCGCCAUCCACAGCCUCGCGCACCUCGCCAGCUGCGCCAACAUCUGCUUCCUGAAGGGAGGCUACGAGAGCUUCCACGCCCACUACCCCGAGCUGUGCACCGAGGCCAAGCCUCCUCAGGAGCGCAGCGUGCCGGACACGGCGGAGGUCCAGCCUGGGACAGAUUACACUCAGGAUGGUCCAGUGGAGCUGUUGCCAUUCCUGUACCUGGGCAGCGCUCACCACGCACGGCGUCACGACUGCCUGAGCGAGCUGCGCAUCACGGCGCUGUUGAACGUAUCACGGCGGGACUGGCAGUGCGCCGGGGGGCCGCAGCGCUACAAGCGCAUCGCUGUGGAGGACAGUCACACGGCUGAUAUCGGCUCACACUUCCAGGAAGCCAUUGACUUCAUUGACGAGGUGAAGCGAGAAGGCGGGAAGGUGCUGGUGCACUGCGAGGCGGGCAUUUCACGCUCGCCCACCAUCUGCAUGGCGUACCUGAUGAAGACGCAGAGGCUGCGCCUGGAGGAAGCCUUCGACGCCGUGAGGCAGAGGCGUGCCGUCGUCUCGCCCAACUUCAGCUUCAUGGGCCAGCUGCUGCAGUUCGAGAACGAGGUCCUGGCAUCUGCCACCGACAGCAAUAUCAUGGAAAACGGCGAUGACCAACACAAGAGUGACGAGUUCACGAUGGACAAGAGCUUCGAGUCGUCCGUUUUCUCCUUCCCUACCUCCUUCCUGUCACCCAUCAAACUCAAUCCCAUCACCCCCCUGACUACUUGAACUAGAACGGAAUAAUUGCGGCGACUCGAGACCGUUCGUUUCGCCGACAAGACCGUUCAAACCUGGCAGCAAAAAAAUAAAUAAAGACACGAUGUAGCUUUAUGAACGUUUCAGCUUGCUAACUAGCCAACACCGUGACUAGUUAACAUGCGCAACGAUUUGCUACCUUGCUAAUUACUUAGAAGUCACGCGGUUAGCUAGGUAAACAACGUAAACAUCCUUUUUUGUUGUUGCUGUUGUUGUUGUUGUUUGGAAAAGGAGAUAAGGAUCAGAUUGCUGGGUAAAAUUUCCUCCUGAAGUCUAAUGCACUGAUGUUCACUUGAUCUCCCGGCCCCUAAAGGGCUCCGCUAAUGAACUUUACCUAAUCUGAUAAAGCACUGGAAAGGCUGGUGUGACGUCGAACGGAAGUCGAGCAGUACUCUCGCCUUGUGAAAGACUGCAUGGAAGCGAGUGUUGUUUUGGUGUUUGCCUUAGAACGCACUGCAAUACAAGCCUUAGCUCAACGAUCAUUCAUGCCUACUUGUGACAGAAUCUAAGGCUUUUCAUAUUAAUUUAUUGAUUUUAUUUUUUUUUUAAUUGUUUUUUAAAGUGUGAAUCUGUUAAUAAAUGUUUUGUAUAUAAAAGUUGCGGAUUUGUU